AUGAAGACCCUGAUUGUUCUUGCCCUUCUGAUGGCCGCAGUAGCCGCCAUGCCGCAGUUUGGUUUUGGAGGACCAGGAUUUGGAGGACCUGGAUUUGGAAGACCAGGAUUUGGAGGACCUGGAUUUGGAGGACCUGGAUUCGGUGGUGGCUAUGGCGGCGGGCCAUAUGGUGGUUUUGGAGGCGGACCCUAUGGCGGUGGCUAUGGCGGCGGGCCGUAUGGUGGUUUCGGAGGCGGACCUUAUGGUGGCUUCGGAGGCGGCGGAAGACGCCACCACGGACAUCGUGGGGGUGGAGGUGGUGGAGGCGCUGCCUCGGCUGCCUCAUCGGCCAGUGCCGCAGCUGCAGGAGGUGGGGGUGGAGCUGCUUCUGCUUCAGCCUCUGCAUCUGCCUCAGCUAGCGGCGGUGGAGGCGGUUUCUACGGCUAA